AGAGAGAGAAAGAGGGAAUGGGGGAACGGGAAAUCUAGAACGUGUCGCUGUAAAAUGUGGAGCCACGCUGUCUCCUGCUUGACUGGCUGAGUCGUCUGUCCGCUCCAUGUUAUAGCUGUCAUAAAAAAAGCGAUUCCAAAUCCACUGGGUUGGUUCAGCGGUGUUUACUUGACAUGUUUAGCCUCCCAGUAACCUUGUUAACACGAAGACACGUUUGUUUUUAUUUCCCCACCAACUGACCCACGUUUGAACUCACUGCAAGCAAGAUAUCGUUUUUUAUAACAGAGGGACUUCCACAGAUACAGACGGAGCAGCGUCACCGACUGCAGAGGGAAACGGUAGUCAAGACAGACAACAGGUUAAAGUCUCAUUCUAGAUUAGACAAGUUUAACCAGGGUGCACACUACGUCACUGAACAUCUCCAACUCUCAAAAGGAAAAACGUGUCAGUUUAGCCUCCAAACAACUGUUAUUAAUUCGUAUAGCCUAAUAAAAUACAAUACAAACAACUUAGUUAUUCCAACAAAAUGCUGGAUUAAAGCUUUCACACGAUUGUUUAAUUAUUUAAUUUGACCACAUUCAGCUGUAUUUAAAUGCAUGAGUCGAAUAAAGCAAAGACGUGUGUUGUAAUUUAAACAGGAUUAAGGAAAUGAUUUAAAUUCGGAGCCAACAGCGCUAAUUGAAAUGUGUUGAAAGCUGGUCAAUUAAGACCCGCCCCGGGCAUUACACGCAGAACUCAUCACAUGUAAUGAGGCUAAACUGCGGAAUAUUUGCAACAAAGAACCUUCGGAUGGUUCCUAUUGUUAGAGGUACUUAACACCUUUUCAGAGUUAAAUCCCUGAUUGUGCGUCUGCAACGGGAGGUGGUAUUAAAAUGCGCCUGUAACAAAUGGGGUUUUUGGAGAGGCUGCUACUCCGUGGGCGGAGCGAGAUGACACAACAAUUAAAGAUGAACUUUGUGUGAACUAAUUUCUGUCGCCAAGCCAAAGGUAACAGGAGGCCGAGACCUGGGGAAAAGGGGUAUAAAAAGGCCGUAGAAACACCCAUACGGUUCAGUAGCAAACAAUCUCUUGCUCCACUUAAAAGUCGAUGGUUGGUUUGGGUUACGCGCACUAGUACAAUGGCUUUGAACACGUUGCUGGCGACCCUUCUGUGCACGAUUGUGCUUCCAAUCUUUCUCUUUUUAGUCGCGGUGAAGUUAUGGGAGGUUUAUUUGAUCCGUGGUCGGGAUCCCAGCUGUCGAGCCCCCCUUCCUCCUGGAUCCAUGGGCUUACCUUUCAUCGGAGAGACACUCCAACUCCUUCUACAGAGGAGAAAGUUCCUGCGGAUGAAACGGCAGAAGUAUGGAUGCAUUUACAGAACGCAUCUCUUUGGCAACCCCACGGUGCGCGUCAUGGGCGCGAAAAACGUCAGACACAUUCUGCUGGGGGAACAUAAACUUGUCGCGGUGCAGUGGCCCGCUUCCGUCAGAACUAUUUUGGGAUCGGACACGCUCUCCAAUAUGCACGGGACCCAGCACAAAAACAAGAAAAAAGCUAUAAUGAGAGCGUUCUCCCGGGAUGCCUUGGAGCACUACAUCCCGGUGAUCCAGGAGGAGGUGAGGAGCGCCGUGAGGCAAUGGCUACAGAAGGACUCCGACGUUCUAGUCUACCCCGAGAUGAAGCGCCUCAUGUUCCGCAUCGCCAUGAGGAUCCUCCUGGGCUUCGACCCGGAACAGAUCGAGACCGACGAGCACGAGCUGGUGGAGGCUUUCGAAGAGAUGAUCAAGAACCUUUUCUCCCUGCCGGUAGAUGUCCCCUUCAGCGGCUUGUACCGGGGAUUGAAAGCCCGAAAUUUAAUCCACUCCAAAAUCGAGGAGAACAUUCAGAGAAAAAUAGACAUUGGAAAAGAGGUGAAACACAGAGACGCGCUACAACAGCUGAUCGACAUCAGCAGGAACAGCGACGAGCCAUUCAGCAUGCAGGCAAUUAAGGAGUCAGCCACAGAGCUUUUAUUUGGAGGCCAUGAGACCACUGCCAGUACAGCCACCUCGCUGGUCAUGUUCCUGGGACUCAACCCUGACGUGGUCAACCAACUCAGACAAGAACUGCACCAGCAGGAGGAACGAGGUGUGGAUCUGCUGGGUCAGAAUGUGAACAUGGAGGUGUUGGAACAGUUAAAGUAUACCGGCUGUGUGAUCAAAGAGACGUUGAGGAUGAACCCUCCUGUUCCCGGAGGCUUCAGAGUGGUACUGAAGACAUUCCAACUCAAUGGUUACCAGAUCCCCAAAGGCUGGACCGUCAUCUACAGUAUCUGUGACACCCACGACGUGGCCGACGUGUUCCCCAACAAAGAGGAGUUCAACCCGGAGCGUUUCAUGGACGGAUCCUCCGAGGACUCCUCGCGCUUCAACUACAUCCCGUUCGGCGGCGGCUCCAGGAUGUGCGUGGGCAAAGAGUUCGCCAAGGUCCUCCUUAAGAUAUUCCUGUUGGAGCUGACUCUGCGAUGUGACUGGACUCUAUCGAACGGCCCGCCGACCAUGAAGAUCGGCCCUACGGUCUACCCCGUUGAUAACCUGCCCACUGUGUUCCGCCGUCACAGCCGCACCUAGUGACCAUUAAAAACACACCUCCAUAUUAAAGCUAUGAAAUUGUAAAUAUAUAAAUAUUGUAAUGGGGUUUUUAGAUGAAAUGAUUCAUAUGUUAUACAUAGAGUUGUGUAUAUCUCGUGUUUUAUAGAAACAAACGACACUAUCUGGUGGACCACUGACAUUCCUUUAAAGUGUCUAUGUACAUUUGUUGAUUUGUGUUAUAUAGCUUUUCAUAUCUUACUGCAGCUUAUUUAUAUUACAUGUUGUUGUAUGGACUUUAUUUAAUAAAAACAU